AUGAUUAUUGUUAUAUCAUUAUUCCUAGAUUUAUUGAUCGUUAACAUACUGAAUCGUAAAUAUCUUGGAACAUAUGCUUAUCCAUCCUAUCCAUUGGGUCAUCCCGAAAAUGAUUGGAUAUCGGUACAUCGUCAUUUAAAUGCACCGGAUAUCAUCCAUUUUACCAAAUGCUCAUCACCUAUAACAACAUGCUCAACAAUUCUCGACUCAUCUAUUGUCCCAGAUCAAGAACCUGGACUAGUUACAAAACAACAAUGCUCCUGUCAAUGUAAAGCAGAUGCUGCUGUAUUUUUGCCUUCUACUCGGAGCUGUAUCAAUAAACUUGAUGAAUGCCGUCAACAAAUACCGUUUCAAUCUAUCAAUGAUAAUUCUAAACGAUGGUUACCAACUUUUAGCAUACCAGCAACAAAUAGCAUUUUUGCUCCUUCACAUAUUAUUCUUUGGAAUGAAGUGAUAAAACGAAGAAAAGAUAUUGCUGAAGAUGAAUUAAAAUGCUUUGUAAGGGAUACUUUUGUACAAACCGACGAUCUAUGGAUAUUACACAAUGAUAGUAAAUUGUUUAAAUUGGAAAACUACAAUUACACUAAUUAUCUUAUUUGGAUAGGAAGCGAAACAGAUGCUAAAAGAAUGGAAGGCAGUAUUAUACAGCUAAAAAUAUUCUGCAACAAUGCUAUUUCUGAAUUAUAUUGCAUUGCAUUUCGAAUUGCUGGCAUACAUGUGAAUGCUAAUUUGACUCAUCGUUUUAAUGAUAUGCAAUGGAAUCGAGUUGAAUUAAUCAUAUGCGUAUUACUUACAACAUUGCUUGGCAUAACAUUAUUUGGUGGGAUUGCAUUAUGGAAAGUAUGUUGGAAAAAGGAAAAAAGUAAACUCGUCUCAACGAUGCAAAUGCAAUUCCUCUAUCAUAUGAAACAGCAACAGGUAUAUAUGCAAGAGCAAAUAGCUUCAAUAAAAGCAAGCAUUGAACGACAUCCAACAUUUGAAAAUGAAACUGAUCAGUGUCCAACAAAUGUUGGAAUACAGAAGAGGAAACUAUACUUUAGUGCUGAUUUCUUCGAACCUGAGCUAAUGGCUAAUCCCCCGGUGUUAGCUGUGCAAUUUGUAUACGAACUACGGAAGAUGAUUGAUAUAGCCAAGGAUCGUAUUCGGAUGAAACGACAUGUUCCGACUCUAACAACCAUUUCAGAAGAUAGCGAAAGCGAUGAAUAUUUAGAAAUACCUCGACCACCAAGUCGAAUGAAUGAACGUAUUGAUGAGCUUUCACCAAAAUCUCUAAAUUCAGUGGAUUCUGGAUGUGACUCGAUGAGUGAUGAAGAUGUUCAAAAUCAAAAAGUAUUAACUCAAGAUCAGGAACAAGAAUCAGAGCAAAUACGGAAAACGGAUAAGGAUGGAAAGUGGAAUGAGAAUGAGUCAGAAAGAAAAAGAAAAGAAAAUGAAAACAUGCAACCGAAUUCCUGUCAUCAAAAAGUCCGGCAAUGUACAAUAAUACCAAAUAAAGUCAACAAUUUGAUGCCACGACCAGUCACUAAAGUUGUACAAAUUUCUAGGAUACCUACUACCACAUCACCAUCUCGAGUAACCUUAGUGACAACAACACAACGGCUUAAUCCAAAACCUUUUUUAUCUACUGAUUUAUCCAAAGCAAUUUAUGAUCGACAAAAUGGUGCGAAUGCAUUAAUGGAAAAUGCCAUUUCAUCUACUGCAUCCAAAUUACCAAAUUUGGUAUCAAUAAAACGUGAACCACCAAAUCUGAAACGUAUUCUGAAUAACGUGCCACCACCCUUACCUGAAACUACUCCACCAAGUACGCCACCAUCAUGUCGUAAUCGAUUAUAUAGCGGUCGGCGGAAAGCUUAUGCUGUUUUUCCAAACAGUGAUUUGAUGCUUAAAAAAUCAUUACCACGGCGAUCAAAACGACAACAAAGAUUUGGAACUGCUACUGCAGUUGCUGUGCAAACAACAUUAUCAUUAUCACCUCCGCCACCAGUACCAUCAUCCACAUCAACAUCGGUGUUGCAAUCAUCACCACAGUCAUCAUCAUCGUCAUUAUCAUCAUCUUCAUCAUCAUCAUCAACAUCAUCAUCAUUAUCUUGUGUAUCAUCCACUACGUAA